CACUACCACCACCACCACCACCACCACCUGUUUUCCAGUAAUUGACGGUCCCUAAUUGAGCUACAGCCCAUUACCGUCAUACCGAAUUAUGGAAUUUGUGCUGCGAUUUCCGCAGGUAAAUGUUAUUCCUCGUAUGCCAUGGCUUUCUCAUUCUUCCAAGACAAAGAAGAACCGAAUAUUCAAUACAAUGGAAGACGAUAACCGUCAUACCCAAUCCGCUAUGGAGCGCGCUUCUCUUCGUUACCGGGAGACUCUUCGUCCUGAUCCUGUAUUGACAGACCCAUACAUCAGAUGCCUUGUACCAACUGAUAUUCAAAUGGAUGUGAAUCUUGAUUUGCAAAAGCACUGUCUUGCAACCAAGUUCAUUGAUGAUAAAUUGCUUAGCACAAUAGACAAAAUCGAUGGGCUAAGGCAGGUUGUUUUAUUGACAGAUGGCAUGGACACUCGGCCUUACAGGAUUAAUUGGCCUUCGUCAACAAUAAUAUUUGAUGUCUCUCCAGAUAUAACAUUCAGAAGAUCCAUUCAAAGUCUUCAAGAUGUAGGUGCUAAAAUUCGAAGAAGCUGCUUGUUACUUCACGUACCAUCUGAAACAUCUGAUAUUGAGCAAGUCCUAUGCAGUAAAGGGUAUAAUGGUGCCAGACCUAGUUUUUGGGUUUUCCAGGGACUUCCACUACAUACUUUGGGUAAUUUUAAAGAUAUUUUGAGACUUGCAAGUAAUUUAGCCAUGAAGGGAUCUUUGUUCGUCGGAGAACUUCCUAGUUCGUUUUUCGAAACUGACAAGAGCACGAAAAUGGAAUGGAUGGACAAGAUUUUCACGAGCCACGGUCUAAAGGUGAAGAUGAUAGAGUAUGAUGAAGUUGCUAGAAACCUUGGGAAACAAGAAUCAAUACCCCAUUGCCAAGAAAAUGUACUUUUUGUUGCCGAGCAGCUGCAGUUUUCCGAUGUACAGAUGGAAAUAUGGAGGAGAGAGUUUGAGAGGAUUGAAGAAGGAGAUGAAGAAGGGUUUGAGGAGCUCUGAUUUUUCUCCUAACUAAGUACCACACUUGAUACUUCCAUAUUUUUGUUGUAAGCAAUUAAUAUCUACAAAGAUAAUCUAGUACAAGUUUCAUAUAUGCAUACUAAUUUUCUUUAA